AUGGCAAUAACUCGAUCAAUGUUGAAGGACCGGAAGUCCAAGGUCACAGAUGCGGACACACUAAUGACAGGCGAUCAAGCACAUCAGGCUGUCAAGGAAGAAGGUCAAUUGCCUCAUGCAGUCAAGGAAGAGGACCAUUCACCUCAAGUCGUGAAGAAGGAAAACUCGAUUUAUGUCUUGGAGGCCCACGUCGAUAAGCCCACUACGUUCAUGUGGGCACUCAAAAGCAUUAAGGACACAAUCGGACGCAAGUACGAAAAUUUGACAAUCGGCUACGAGAUGAUGCAGCGUGAGAGGCACGCGAGCAUAUACAGAGGCCUCUAUAUCUACUUCCGCGACAAGUACUUUGCUCAGGAGGUCAAGGAUGCACUGCCGGAGGUCUUGAAGGAGUCUAGUCGCAAUACCAUCUGGUUCACGAGCCUGGAGUGGGCGAUGGAAAGGAAAGCUCAGGAUCCAUUCGUUGAGAUCGGACUGGCGGAUUGGGAGAAGCAUGAUUACGUGCCUGGCGCUUUAUUGAAUGAGAACGGCGAAUUGGAAUGA